UGAAAUGGCUGCACAUAUCAUUUGCCGUAGGUUCGAACCGGAUAUGCUCGCAUUUUCUGGAUGUUAUUAUGGGGGAGGAGUAAGAGAAAGGGAGGAACUCGGUGCAAUCCGGAAGAGAUGGAAAACUUUAAACGUGAGCAACCCUGAAAAGGUGAGAAGACAUGGAAGAUGCCCGCUGACUCCAGAGGAAAUUGGUUUAAUGCUGAGAGCACUGGGUUUUGGCAGUGAUGUUCACAUUUAUGUGGCAUCAGGUGAAGUAUUUGGAGGUGAAGAGACAUUGGCUCCUUUAAAAGCACUCUUCCCAAAUUUCCAUUCAAAAGAGACUAUAGCCACCGAGGAGGAGUUGGCUCCAUUUUACUGGACUACAUUGUUUGUGAUGAAAGCGAUGUGUUCGUCACAAACAAUAGCGGAAACAUGGCUCGAAUUUUACCCGGUAGGGAUGAGUUCCAUGAAAAUGCACAGCUGCAUAUGCGAGGCUAAGGAUCUCGAAUCAAGUCAAGAUCAAACUCCUACAGACAGGAACAAUGGUGUUGAAGCGAGUGAUGAAAAAGAACAACAAUAUCUUGAAGAGGAUCCGGAUUGGACGGACAUCGAUUAUUUGGAUAACAAUGUUGUGUCCAAGGAAUUACCUAACGUGGACAGUAGUGUGUUAACCAAACAUGGACAACCUGAAGUGGAAGAGUUCUUUUCAGACUAA